AUGGUAACAACCAGGGGGCCGUUUCAUAAAGCUGUUCCUUUGCCUCAAUGCAACGGUUUCGGUAACCAGUUGAUCGUCCCUCUGCAUACAACAAACCUAAUGGAGUGUGUGUGGCAGGUGACCGCCCCUCCAGGGCGGCACGUCAAGCUUAAUAUCUUCUUCAUGCAGACAGAUGAACACGAAGAGAUCGCCGUCUACGACCACGGGACGUCGACCGAUGACCAGUAUCUCGUGUCUAGUAUUCGAGGUGAGUUUAGGGUUCUCGGACUGUGGAACAUGGUGUCGUCAGGAGCAGGGCUGACGGUACGAUACACUGCCGACCAAGAAAGUCUAAACCCAAGAAUUCGCUUCUUCGCCCAUACCACGUUCGUAUCAGAUAUCUCGGGAAACGAGCUUGGUUGCGGAGGGCGUAUCGAACUGAACGGAAACACCGUACUCGAGGCCCCUUACAACAACCACCUAAGGCCCUUCAUAGGAGGAGGAUACAUGUCUUGCAUGUGGACUGUAGUGGCACCAGAUAACCGCAGGGUCCGAGCGACGUGGACAAGAGUAGAUACAUUGGAUGAAAGAGUCGGCAUCUUCGACCAUGAAAUGCUCUCCGAGGACCACGAGGUAACGCGACUUCAAGGCCUGAUCGACUGGCGAAUGCCUGCCUUCACAUCGAACGGUAAUGUCAUCGUCGUGUAUCUUAGGCAAGACGCCUUCCAACUCGCCAUCGGAAAUGGAUUUAGUCUACAACUAGAACCAACAGACGGUAACAACGCCAAUCCUGGCUGCGGUGGCUCUAUCGUUCUUGCCGAAGGAACUUUACCAACAGCGAACAUCCGCUCACCAUAUGACCCGAAUCGUCCGGAGACUACAGGCUGUAGCAUAAUGUGCUGGUGGUUUAUCUCUGCUCCGUAUGGCUCACAGGUCCAGGUCGACAUCAAUGACCUCACGACGACCACAAACGAGAGAGUGAGGAUCACCGAUGGGGCGACGCCUUCGGACAAUCCUUCGUUCGAGCGUACUUUCUCGGGUGCUGGUAUUGCAGGAGAAACACUGUUCUCCCAGGCUGGAGGCGUCACCAUUGCCCUUGAAGAUCUUUCUCCUGAAGGGCCGAAUGGACGUGGGUUUUCUCUGGAUGUCUCAAUUGCAGGACCGGGAUACUGCGAGAUCAUGGGUGACCCCCACUAUACAUCCUUUGACGGGAAGCGAUUCGACUUUCAGGGCGACUGCGAAUACACCCUGCUGAAACCGUGCUCUCCUGAAACCGACGAGUUACCCGACUUCCAUCUCUAUGGGAACAACGUGAGAUCAAGCCCUUCAUCAACAGUCUCCAUCCUCCGGCAGAUUUUCCUGACGUACAACGGUACGACCUUCUCCAUCGGUCAACCUUCGGGGAGGACUCUUCGUGUUGAUGGCCUCCAGGUCACGGCCCCUGUAAAUCAGAAUGGCGUGUCCAUUACCUACGCAUUCCCACUUAUAAUCAUCGAAACAGAAUUCGGACUCAGAGUAACAUACGACGGUUCUCACUUCGCAAAGGUUUACCUCAGUCCAUCCUUCUACGGUAAGACGUGUGGCUUGUGCGGAAAUUUUGACGGCAACCCUGAUAAUGACUUCACACUGCCAGAUGGGACAGUGACAGAUGACGUCAACCUCUUUGGGUUCAAGUGGAGUACAAACGAGGACUUCUGUGUCUUGAGUUCUGACCCAACGGAUGAUCCUUGUAAGAGAGACACUGCCCUAGCCAACCGGAUAGAAAGGACUUGUUCAAUCUUCGAUCCCGAGCGGAAUGAAGGUAUCUUCGGAGACUGUUCAAACUUCGUUGAUCAUUUCAAUUUCUACACCUCGUGUCAAUUUGACCUCUGUUACACACACGAAAUGAACAAGGUCGUCUGUGCCAGCGUGCAGGAAUACAUAGUACUCUGCCAGGCCAGGAACCCUGGUGUUCUUAUUGGCGAAUGGAGAAACUGGAUUCAACAAUGUACUUUUGAUUGUCCCGAAGGGACGGGAUAUCGGAUGUGCGGAACGGCCUGCCCCAACACCUGUGCCGACCCCACCGCGGCCGACAACUGCCCUCGCCCCUGCCACGAGACCUGCCUAUGUCCCGAUGGCCUCAUGUUGGAUGGAGAGAAAUGCGUAGAACUUGCUGAUUGUGGAUGUACCUUGCCCAACAAUGUCUACAUUUCCUCUGAAGAAGUCUGGAUCACACCGGACACGUGCGAAGAAAGAUGCGACUGUCAAGGAGGGAUCUUGACGUGUGAACCUCUAGGCUGUGGGGAUAAUGAGAUCUGUGCCGUGAGGAAUGGAGUCAGAGGAUGCUACUGUCAAGACAACUACAUUCUCAAUCCGAGUGGGGAAUGCGUACGAGCUCCCGCUGUCUGCACGAUCUCCGGUGACCCACACUACCGGACCUUUGACCGGUUCUACCACCACUUCCAAGGUGACUGUAUGUAUACCCUGGUAAAACCCUGUCAAGCCUCCGACCUCUUCCCGGACUUCCACAUCUGGGGUGACCCGGUCAAGACCCACCCAUCUGCCACUGUCUCCUAUCUGCGGAAGGUCUUUCUGCUUCUAAACGGCACAACGUACACGCUAGGACAAGGCAAGAGUUUCCUUGUGGACGGCGUGGCCCAAUCAAACAUCGAUUACCAGGACGGAUCCGUCCACGCUUGGGCGGAUCCUCGGUAUCUGACACUUGAGACGGAGUUUGGAGUCAGAAUUAAAUUUGAUGGAGGAUCUUUGGCAGAAAUAUCGGUUUCUUAUGAUUUUUGGAACAAUACCUGCGGACUCUGUGGUAACUUUGAUGGUAUCAGUACCAACGAAUACACAACAAGUGAUGGAACAUUGACAGGGAAUGUUGAUGAGUUUGGUAAUAGUUGGCAGACGGGUACCGAGGAAUGUCAGGGCAUAGAUACCCCUCAGAAUCCGUGUGACGUUGACCAAGACAUGAGAACAGCAGCUGCCCGAGCUUGUAGCAACCUCCAGAAUAUAAAUGGGCCGUUCCAGAACUGUUUGGACUUCGCGGAUCCGACGGACAUUUACACGUCAUGUCUUUUUGACGCAUGCGUGCUUGGUGCCGAUGAUGACGCAGUGUGCGACCAUUACGAUCAGUACACAGGGACUUGUCAAGCACUUGGCCAACAGCCCGAAGACUGGAGGAGUUCUCUUGCACAGUGUGCCUUCCCAUGCCCGGAACCCCAGCUAUACAACCCAUGUGGCUCACCGUGCCCGGCGACCUGCGCCAAUCCGACGGCCCCAGAAAACUGUCAGGAAACAUGCAUCGAAACAUGCAGUUGUCCAGAUGGGUUGUUGCUCGACGGAGAUAGUUGCGUCGAACCAGAUCGAUGUGGCUGUAGCUACGAGGGGUCAUACUAUCCGAAUGGUGCGACCUGGACCAGUGAAGACUGUUCGUCAUCGUGCUCCUGUGUGUCUAGGGAAGUCGUGUGCAAUGAUAACUAUUGCCAUCCCGGCGAGGAGUGUGUCGUGGAUGCCCAAGGGGUACCUGGGUGUUACUGCCGUCGGGGACUUAGCCGCGUUGAUGGUGCUUGCGUAGGAGAGAUUCCACCAGCAGCAGAGAUCCGGGUCGUGUGCGACAAUGCGGUGAUGUCCGCCGGUGUGAAUGGAGAUAAUCUUAAUGAAAACAUUCAACCCAAUGACUUUCCUGUUGGAGGAGCGGUGUGCGGUGUGUUCACGUAUGGACCAACCUCGUUUACAUUCGAGAAGUUCUUUGAGUCCUGUGAGGCUCACAUUGCUGCGAUAGAGGGAGAAGGGAAUGACAUAAUCUUCGCUGAUGUCGCCACUGCGCCUCUGGAUGUAAUCACUGUUGGAGCAGCGAACCCGGAUGCGCGUACAGUCAUCUUCUGUGAAUUCCGACCACAGGAACAAUUGCUGCCUCGUCUCCUCGUACGUGAAUCCCGCCAACUCAGCGUAAAAAGUGGGCGGAGCUAAAUCGGAUUUUCGCGCCUAGCAACCCUGUUAGCAACGCCUGUUAGCAUUGUUUUGUUUAAUCUUCAUAAUGUCUGCGAUAUUAAAAUCCUAAAAACCAAUGAAAUCGUUAAAAUUUAGUAAGGCUGUGAAUGUUUAUCAUUUACAUUGACUAUCGGUGUACAAACUCAUACCGAAUUUUAAGACAAGUGUCGGUUAUAUUACGAAUUAUCAGUCAUUUUGAUGAGUGAUACAAAGUGCCAAAAUUUAUGAAAAUAUAUAGUAAAUUUUAUACAGCAUUUCAAAAUCCUUAUUUUCAAUAUCUUCAUAAUUGUUUAUUGUUUUAAAAACAUCUUAUUACAUUUAUUAUAAUUUUUGCGAACUGAUAACGUUGAUAGAUUACUGUUUCCUGGCUUUAUGAGGAAAUGGCAGGCCUUCAAAAUCAGGUCAGUUAAUUUUUGUUAUGUUUCUAAAAGAAAAUUGUUAGAUUCGAACUACUAUACCAACUGUUCGCCCGAAGGAGGGUUAUCAUCUCAUAUUGUUGUGUAAAUGAUACAUAAGAGUGUAGUAAUCCAUGUUAGAUAACAUUUUUUUCACGAUGAGUUUCGUAAUGAAGAGAAAAAAACAAGUUCAUUCUUAGCACGCGAGCCGCCGAAUGAUAAAUUUUAGCGUGCGCAGACGGGGCUGAUCCCUAGUGUGUCGGACGGGAUUAUCUAGUCCCAUACUGGUCAUGCUGGUGUCGGGUGGUAUAUUCCACCAACCUUUUCCCCUUGCGAUGACCACUGUGCAGUUUUAUAGUGCUUAAUGUUGAUACUCAAUCUGUGAAAUUAAUAGUUUACCGAUAUCUAAAAAUGCUCGGAAUAUACCUGACGAGAAUUAUUAUUUCUUUCCUGCAUGAAUUACAAAAAGUCAAUCCUUAGGUUAAGAAUGUGUAAUAUUGACUGCAUAUUUUUAAAAAUGAUAGAACUGUUAAGAUUUGGGAAAUAUUCUGUUAAGUUUGCCCAAUGUCAUGAGUAUCUCACUGUAUGUUAAACAGAUCAUAAGACAACUAUAUUUUGUAAAUUCCACGGCCGCCUCCACGAACCUAUGGGACAUGAAGACGACCUGCCGGCUCUAGCUGAUUUGUUAAAAUCAAAAUAAUGGCAAUAUUUACAACAAUUUGAAUCAUACAACUGCGAUAUUACCAGGCUCUCGUGAUUCGGUGGAUAGGCCCUAUAACCAUUGCAAGAAAGCAAAACAUCGGAUUUCGUAUAAUUACCCGGGCUGAUGGCCACUUUGCAAGAAAUUUCUCGUUAUUAGACUUUCGGCCAUGCAAUUUAAGCACUUUAAAAAAAAAUCAGUAGUUUAUUAAUUUUAAGAAUUA